CGACACUGUGCCGCGGUUUGACGGGAUCAGCUGACUGAAACAAACAGCACCGCUGCAUCAACAUCCGGAGAUAACCACGAACUCUGCUGUGAUCAUGAAGAAAGUCAAAGGCAAAGCAAAUAGCACUGCCGAGAAGGAGUUUGUGUUUGAGUUCAAAGCAGGGAAACACAACUGCGUCCUCAAAGUGCCCCUGCAGUUUCCUGUCCAACAGAACAUCAGUGACCUUCAUGGACGCCUGAUGCUGCUCCAUAAAAUACCAUGCUACAUAGAAAAUGAGCUGAAGUCGUCACUGUCCAGCUUCAUUGAGAAGGAGACCAUUCUGGAUUACGACAGAGAGGCAGAGCUGGCCUUGCAGAGACUCACAAACGGAGAUGUUGAUGUGAACCAGCUCACCAAUGCUUGGAGCCGGUCCUAUGCUGAGACGACACUGGAACACGCUCGUCCCGAAGAGCCCAGCUGGGACGAGGACUUUGCAGACGUUUACCAUGAGCUCAUUCACUCCCCCGCCUCCGAUACGCUCCUCAACCUGGAGCACAACUACUUUGUCAGCAUCUCAGAGCUCAUCAGUGAGAGAGACAUGGAGAUAAAGAAGUUACAGGAGAGGCAAGCUGCAGAAAUGGACAAAGUCAUGCACGAGCUGGGAAACACUUUGAGUGACCAGGAUGUGAACGCGGUGGCUUCUCAGCACUUCGAUGCUCAGCAGGUUCUGGAGAACAAGUGGGCCAGUGAGCUGAAACAAGUGACCUGCAUCCAAAAGCAGGAGUAUCAGGAGUGGGUCAUCAAACUGCACCAGGACCUGCAGAAAUCCAACAACAGCAGCCAAAUCAAUGAGGAGAUUAAGGUGCAGUCCAGCCAGCUGUCAGAAGCAGCGGAUUCCGGAGCCCGGAUGUUCGAGGAGCAGCCUCAGCUGGAGGAGAGCUUCACCAUCCAUCUAGGAGCCCAGCUGAAAACGAUGCACAACCUGCGGCUGGUGCGAGCCGACGUGCUGGACUUCUGCAAGCACCGGCACCACGGCAGCAGCGGGGCGAAGCUCCGGCGGCUGCAGACGGCCCUGUCGCUGUACUCCUCCUCGCUCUGCGGCCUGGUGCUGCUGGUCGACAACAGGGUCAACUCCUACAGCGGCAUCAAAAGAGACUUUGCGACUGUGGCGAAGGAGUGCACAGACUUCCACUUCCACUGCCUGGAGGAGCAGCUGGAGGAGGUGCAGCAGGUGGUGCUGUACGCCAGAGCACAGCGGAGCAGCAAGCAGAAAGAGCAGCCGGAGGUUCACAGAAACGGUGACGAUAAAAGCAAAAAUAUUGAAAGAAAUCCCUCCAAUAUCUUACCAGGCGAGUUCUACAUCUCGCGGCACUCCAACCUGUCGGAGGUCCACGUGGUUUUCCACCUGUGUGUGGACGACAACGUGCGGUCGGGGAACAUCACGGCCCGGGACCCGGCCAUCAUGGGUCUGAGGAACAUCCUGAAGGUGUGCUGCACGCACGACGUGACCACCGUCACCAUCCCCCUGCUGCUGGUCCACGACAUGUCGGAGGAGAUGACAAUUCCGUGGUGUCUGAAAAGAGCUGAGCUGGUCUUUAAAUGUGUGAAAGGUUUUAUGAUGGAGAUGGCCUCAUGGGACGGCGGUAUAUCACGCACUGUUCAGUUUCUUGUGCCCAAGAGUAUUUCCGAGGAGAUGUUCUACCAGUUGAGCAACAUGUUGCCUCAGAUCUUCCGCGUCUCCUCCACUCUGACGCUCACUUCGAAGCACUGAGGGGGAGUCGAGCAGCGCCCCCCAUCCUCCAGUCACCUGGACCAACUGAGAAGCUUUUUUUUUUUAUUUUUAUUUGGACACACUUUAAGUAAAUACAGCAAGAGAAUUUUUGUUAGUUUUUAUUUUUUUAAUUAAAGAAAAAUGAUAAUAUUCAGUGUGAUUUGGUGGCAUUAUAAAACAUAUGAGGGGCAGAAUGGUUUUCUGAUGGCUGAUUAAAAAAAAAAAAGGUGAAAGUUCAGUAUUUUCAGGUGAGCGAACCUGCGAAAUGUGAUUUUGUGUUUUCACCACUUGGAACGAUACAGAUGGGUUUACAGCAGCGUGUCGGUUUGACAUUGGCUUCAAGCUUUGAACAUGCCGAUAAUUUUAUCUGCUCAUGAAUUCCUCCUGGCAGACAGACGACAACUCUUCAUAUGAUAUUUACUGUCCUCGUCUCUGGGGUGACGAGCUUGAUGCCGGCGGUCUUGGCCUCGUGCAGAGAAGCCACAUAUCCUUGUCUCAGCUGGUCCUACAGAUGAGCUGAAUCGCUGCUGUGCUGGGAUUUCACUCGGCCCGGUUUUAGUUUUCGGUGUGUAUGGAGCCCACCCCUCACUACCUGCAUAACAGCAGGUGGCACUGUUCCUGAAGACAGAGAUGUGAAAAGACACAAUAGGCUUUACUUUGUAGGUCCGCUGCCCAUUGAAAUUCAUCUCAAGCCACUGUAGCCCACAUUCAUAACGAACAGAGUGUAACUGUGCUGAAAAUACAGCUAAUUCUGCUCAGAUUUGUAUUCUGUAUGUUUCCUCAUGUGUUUACAUUUUUUUAUUAAAAUGGUGAAACACCCUGA